AGUGUGGACCUGGGCAAGUCACUUGUGCGUGAGUCCAUACUGCUAGCUGAAAUGCAGAAUGAUCAUGUAAUACGCUGCGAAGCUUAGGGGUGGUUUUUAGGAGAGUGCUAAGAUGCUGGUCUGUCCCUGUGUCCACCCUUCUUCAUGGCCUUUGUUAGAAUUCUGUCCUUCCUACAGAUUUGUGCAGCAGAAAAAGCGUUGUAUUUGAGAUAGUGUAAGUCUCAGAUAUAAUUUCUUUAAUUGCAAGGAAGAUGAAAAGGAAGUUUGCUUUUGGAGCGGAAAAAGUUGUGGUUGAAAGUAAUUAUUUGAAUGGGUCUAUCUGGAAAUGCUUUGAAAACUCCACACCUGUUGAUGCCCCCUUCCCCACCCUCAAACAGUUGUUUCGCCUGCGAGAACAAAUGGAAUUUUUUUUUUUUGCCAAAGCUAUACUUCGGGUUUGCCAUUCCAUGUAUGUGUUUAACCUUGCUUCCCGUCCGUUUGGAACUUCACAGAGGGUUGCUUGUUCUAACAACUGGGAUAAGCAUUAAAGUGUGCAUGGGUAUUAGAAAAUGCUCAUUUAUGAUCAUAUUUUUAAAGCUACCAUUUUGUUGGAAAUACAGUUCUUGCAAGGGGGAAAAGUGGUGUUUGUGAGGAUGGCUUUCAAAAUUUAUAUAAAGGAAACUUCAAAGGAUUUUUUUUUUUUAAGCUUUCAUAGGAGGGAGGUUUAGAUAAAUGGGGCAGGUGGAAAAGGCUGAAGCCUCUGCUUUUGUUUUAAUUUCCCUGGGUUUUUUUCUGGGAACUUACCUGACUGAAGUGCCAGAAGUCCGGCUCUAACCUUUAAGUUCCAGCAAUAAGCUAUUGCUUCUUGGACUCCCCAGACAGGUCAUGAAACGCGUACGCACAGAACAGAUUCAGAUGGCAGUGUCCUGCUACCUCAAGCGCCGUCAGUAUGUGGACUCAGAAGGUCCCCUAAAACAAGGGCUGAGGCUGUGUCAGACUGCUGAAGAGAUGGCAGCUAAUCUCACAGUCCAAUCUGAAUCUGGUUGUGCCAAUGUUGUGUCUGCAGCUCCCUGCCUGGCGGAGCCACAGCAAUAUGAAGUACAAUUUGGACGAUUACGCAAUUUUCUCACAGAUUCAGAUUCUCAGCACAGCCAUGAAGUGAUGCCUCUUCUGUAUCCCCUCUUCGUCUACCUCCAUCUGAACAUGGUCCAGAAUGGCCUAAAAAGCACAGUGGACAGUUUUUACAGCCGCUUCCAUGGCAUGUUCUUGCAGAAUGCCAGCCAGAAGGAUAUCAUUGAGCAGUUGCAGACUACCAUGACUAUUCAAGAUAUCCUGUCCAACUUGAAGCUCCGGGCUUUUCUGGACAACAAGUACGUCAUCCGCCUUCAAGAGGACAGCUACAACUACCUUCUUCGCUACCUCCAAAGUGACAACAACAACGCCCUGUGCAAAGUCCUGACCUUGCACAUUCACCUGGAUGUGCAGCCCGCCAAGAGGACUGACUACCAGCUCUACGCCGGUGGGAGCUCCUCGCGCAACGAGAGCAAUGGCCUGGAACCCAGCGACGUGCCGGCUUCCAUUCUGCAGAACGAGGCGGCGCUGGAUUUACUGCAGGACAGCAUUAAACGUGUCAAGGACGGGCCCCCUUCCUUAACGACCAUCUGUUUCUAUGCCUUCUAUAACACGGAGCAGUUGCUGAACACUGCAGAGAUUUCACCAAACAGCAAGCUGCUCGCUGCUGGGUUCGAUAAUUCAUGUGUGAAGCUGUGGAGCCUGCGUUCCAGGAAGUUAAAAUCUGAGCCCCACCUUGUUGAUGUGUCCCGCAUCCGCCUGGCUUGUGACAUCCUGGAUGAGGAGGAGGAAGAGGACGACAGCGCAGGCACGGAAAUGAAGAUCCUGAGAGGACACUGUGGGCCUGUGUAUAGCACGAGGUUCCUUUCAGACAGUUCGGGACUCUUAUCUUGUUCUGAGGACAUGUCCAUCAGAUACUGGGACCUCGGAAGUUUUACAAACACUGUGUUGUACCAAGGACAUGCCUAUCCUGUCUGGGAUUUGGAUAUUAGUCCCUGCAGCCUGUACUUUGCCAGUGGUUCCCACGAUCGCACUGCAAGGCUCUGGUCAUUUGAUCGGACGUACCCGCUGCGAAUAUACGCAGGCCAUUUGGCGGACGUAGACUGUGUCAAGUUCCACCCCAAUUCCAACUACUUGGCGACGGGCUCCACGGACAAAACUGUGCGCUUGUGGAGCACUCAGCAAGGCAACUCAGUGCGCCUUUUCACCGGGCACCGUGGCCCCGUGCUAGCGCUUGCGUUUUCUCCCAACGGUAAGUACCUGGCAUCAGCAGGUGAAGACCAGCGGCUAAAGCUGUGGGACUUGGCGUCAGGAACUCUUUACAAAGAACUGAGGGGGCACACGGACAACAUAACCAGCCUUACUUUUAGCCCCGACAGUAGUUUAAUUGCUUCAGCAUCAAUGGACAAUUCAGUCCGGGUCUGGGACAUUCGGAACACUUACUGCAACGCCCCUGCUGAUGGGUCUUCCAGUGAACUGGUUGGUGUAUAUACCGGACAAAUGAAUAAUGUACUGAGCGUACAGUUUAUGGCCUGUAAUCUUCUUCUAGUGACUGGAAUUGCACAAGAAAAUCAGGAACAUUAAUUUUUUUUUUUUCUUAGGGAAGUGGGUGGGUGUAUUGAAUGCCAGAGUCCAUUGCAAGCUGAGAUUACUGACUGUGAAACACUUUUCUUCCUCUGCCCCCUUGAAAGGCAUGUCCAGAGUGAUGCAAAUGCUUUAAAAUGUCUUGCCCACAGAAAGGCCUGUGCUGUUGAAUGGAAUAAGGAAAGAAGGAGGAGUGAUGAAAAUACCUAUACAUUCUAAUCUUCUACUAGUAGGGAUGGGGAAAAGGGGAGGAAAUUCAGUAGCUUGGGGAAGCCGAAAGCCUGGUCCAGACAAGUGAAACUGCCAACCAGAUAAGCUGCUGACCUGCACUUAAAUGUCCUGCAUUGAUUGAUGGGCACAUCUUACCUACUGUUAACUGAGGCUUGAGUGUGUGGAGAACUACUGGCCCAGUGUUUUUUGUUUUGUUUUGCUUUUGUUUUCCUGGUAUUGCAGAGGACCAGCAUUUUAAGACCCUUCUAUUAAAAGAACAUUAUGUAUUUUCUACAGUGAUAGUGGUCCUAAAUAUUACAGCUCCCUAUAGCACUUCUGGAAUAUUUUGGACAAGCUAAGUAGAAAAUACCAUCUUUCUUUUUAGUAAGGGGAUGGAAAUCUGACCUCAGUUGGGGCCCAUCUCUGCAUUGUCAUUUGGGUUUGGUUCCUGGUACUAGCUGUGAUAUUUGUAUUUAUGUUCCAUUAAUUAGGAAUCUUUCUGAAUCUGGUUGCACUGUGUUUUGAGGAUGGGAGGACAGUGGGGGUAGGGCGGUGGCUUUAAGGGUAAUAAAUGACUUGCCUUGUCUGGAGGGAGGGCACAAUAGAACUGAAGCAGCUAAGUUUGGACUCCUCAUGGAAACAGGGCAUGUCAAUCCACCACUGCACCUCACAGACGUAUUUCCGUAAAUGGAAGUUGGCAGUCUAGGGAGAGGGGGACGGGGGGAGAGAGAGACACAAAGUGACAUGGGAAAAAAUAGUAUUACUAAAUUAUUGUGCGUACACAGAGGCAGCUCUGCCAGUGUUGGAUUCUUCUCAAAAUGUUGCAAUAUCAGUUUCAUGAACACUUUGAGAGAUAAAUCAUCAGCAUUUACGACAAGGAUCUGCGGAAGAAGCACGUUCUAGUUUGUCAUUUGGAGAGAUUAAAUAUUUCUGCUUUCU